GCUACUUCUUUGGUCACAUGCUACUUUCGCCCAAUUAGCUUUCAGAAAGUGCUAUUCAGGUGUGUGUGUAGUCAUUUCUGCUCCUCAGCGAGGAGAGUUGGAGCGAAGCGUCGCUGAAUUGCAGAACCAAGCAGCAGUGUUGGUGUUCUCUCAGGAAGGACCUGUUCUUGUAUCACUGCCAUAAACACAGGAUCAAAGACUCUAAAGCAACUAUGCCUCCUCCCCUGCGCCACCGCUCCAUGCGUAUCUUCAUGAACGAUGACCGCCAUGUGAUGGCCAAGCACUCCGCUGUGUACCCCACACAGGAGGAGCUGGAGGGUGUGCAGAACAUGGUGUCCCACACGGAGCGUGCCCUCAAGGCUGUCUCUGACUGGCUGGACGAGCAGGAGAAGGUGGUCAAGUCUGCACCCGACGGAACCGAGUCCGAUAAAGAAAGUGAGACCAAGGUGUCGGAACAGGCCACACGGUCCCUGCGUGGGGUGAUGCGGGUGGGCCUGGUGGCCAAGGGCUUGCUGCUGAAGGGGGACCUGGACCUAGAGUUGGUCCUUCUGUGUAAGGACAAACCCACAAUCACCCUGCUGAAGAACGUGGCAGAUAACCUGGCUGUGCAACUCAAGACCAUCACAGAGGACAAGUAUGAGGUCACUCAGGUCAUCCGUGAAGCCACCAUCGUGAUCAAGAGCACCAAGGAGCCUCCCCUGACCCUGACUAUCAACAUGACGUCCCCCCUGGUCCGCGAGGAGGUGGAGAAACAGGCUGCCGGAGAAACGCUAUCAGUCAACGAUCCACCGGAUGUUCUGGACAGGCAGAAAUGCCUUACUGCCUUGGCGUCUCUUCGCCACGCCAAGUGGUUCCAGGCCAGGGCCAACGGGCUGAGGUCCUGCGUCAUCGUCAUCCGCAUCCUGAGGGACCUGUGCUCCCGCGUCCCCACUUGGGCCCCACUGCAUGGAUGGCCAAUAGAGCUGCUGUGUGAGAAGGCAAUUGGCACAGGGAACCGGCCAAUGGGGGCAGGAGAGGCUCUGCGAAGAGUUUUGGAGUGUCUGGCUUCUGGAAUCCUCAUGGCUGAUGGUGCUGGAAUCUGUGAUCCAUGUGAGAAGGAGCUGACAGAUGCUAUUGGCCACCUGGACCUCCAGCAGAGGGAGGACCUCACACAGAGUGCCCAGCAUGCCUUAAGGCUGUCUGCCUUCGGACAGCUUCACAAAGUGCUAGGGAUGGACCCCCUUCCUUCCAAAAUGCCCCGGAAACCCAGGAGCGAGACCCCCAUUGACUAUACAGUCCAAAUCCCCCCCAGUACAACCUACGCCCCACCAAUGAAGAGGCCUAUCGAGGAGGAGGAAGGAGGGGAGGACAAAAGUCCAAACAAGAAAAAAAAGAAGCUGCAAAAGAAAUCCCCCGAUGAGAAGUCGGAGCCUCCCCAGGCCAUGAAUGCUCUGAUGAGGCUGAACCAGCUGAAGCCUGGCCUGCAGUAUAAACUCCUCUCCCAAACUGGACCGGUGCACGUACCAGUCUUCACCAUGGCUGUGGAAGUGGACGGCAAGAGCUUUGAAGCCUCAGGCCCAUCCAAACGCACUGCCAAGCUUCACGUUGCUGUCAAGGUCCUCCAGGAUAUGGGCCUCCCCACAGGUGUGGAGCUGAAGACUGCUGAACCAGUGAAGACUGAGGUGGCAACGGCCAUUGUGGAGGAGGUGAAACCCUGCAUCACUCCCAUCGCAAUGGACACAGCAGCCACAGGGGCAGACAGCGUGGAGGCCACAGACGGUGCAGAGAGUGCUCGUCAACAGGGACCAAUCCUGACCAAACAUGGGAAGAACCCUGUGAUGGAGCUAAACGAGAAGCGGCGCGGCCUCAAGUAUGAGCUCAUCUCAGAGACCGGAGGCAGCCACGACAAACGCUUCGUCAUGGAGGUGGAGAUAGACGAACAGAAGUUCCAAGGGACUGGCUCCAAUAAGAAGGUGGCCAAGGCCUAUGCUGCCUUGGCAGCCCUGGACAAACUCUUCCCAGAGGGCUCUGUGACUGAGGCAACCAAGAAGAAGAAACUCCCAAUGCAUGGGUUUGGCAUGAUGGGUGACCCGACUGGUGACCCGGCAGCCACUCCCAGGGGCAGAGGUAGAGGGCGUGGCAGGGGGAGGGGCCGAGGGUUCAAUAAUGGUGGCAGCUAUGGUCAAGGUGGCUAUGGAAGUUAUGGAUAUGGGAACAAUGGAAACUCUGGCGGCUAUAAUUAUUACAAUAGUGGCGCAAAUGGUGGAGCUGCGGCUGCUGGCACCGUUACUGAAGUCGCUGCGGCCAGCACUACAGGCGUGACGGCUACAGGAACCUAUGGUUCAUACUACCAGAAUGAUGGGGGCUACUCCACCCCAUCUCCAGCUCCCAAAGCCCCUGUCAAAAAGGAGGCCAAGUCGACCUUCCCUGGACCGCCAGGAGUUGGUGGGGGGGCCCAAGGGGCCUACCAGACCACCCCUGGCCAGAGUGCCUAUAACCAGUAUGGCCAGGGCUAUGGGCAAGGCAAUAAGACCUUCAAUCAAAACCAGGCAGGAGCAGGAGUUUAUCCUUACAGCACUGCCUACCCCAGCCAGGUGACGGGCAGCACUGUUGCCAGCCAAGACUACAGUUACGACGGUUACGGAAAUCAGUCAAAUUACAACGCACAGGCAGGAGCCAACCAGAGCUAUGGUGCAAAUCCAGCGCCAUACCACAACCCAGUAGGAUACGGCAGGGGAGACCCCACCGUGAACUACCAGUACAGAUAGACUGAAUCUGCCCUCUGCACACCCCCAACUGAGCCCCACAACCCUGUCACAAGCGUUCUCCAAAGAAGCGAUGGUGGCUGUCCUGUGAUCCAUGGUUAUGUGCAUUUGUUUUUUAGUUUUUUUUUUUCAAAGUUUAAAGUAAUAAACUGGACUUAUUAGUUGGCAGCUCUUCGUCUGUAUCAAAUGGUCUAUUUCAUCAGUUUGGUCAGUGUUCAAGCUUGUUUUAUUUGUAUGCACUCCACCAAUUUCCCCUCCCCCAUAUCACCACCACUACCACCCAAAAAGAGGGAAUGACACACCACUUUUCUUUUUUACCCCAGCUAUGAUUGUAUUUCUGUCCAUACACAAACAGUUAACUAUGUUGACCACUAGUUGUUUUUGGCUGAGGAUUUGUUUAAAUUUUCAUUUUACAAUACAAUGGGCCUGGAGAACUGCUUGCUUGUUAAUGUAUUUGCUUGUAAUUUUAGACAUUUAUUUUUCAAUGUUUUAGUUGACGUAUUUCUGUAGUUUUAACUCCAACAAAUAAUUUUGGAAAUGACGAGGAAGACAUUUUUAAAUGUCAAUUACAUUUCUGGUCAAAGUAGAUUUGGUGGUUGGGAUUUUAUUUUUUUCUCAGAACCGUGUAUAAGAAAGUGUGGUGUUUGUAUCAAUAAAGGACUUUUAUUUUGGAGGAAAGCAA